AUGAGCAGUCACGAUAUUCCCAGCUACAAGCUGAAUGACGGCAAUGAGAUCCCAGUGCUUGCAUUCGGAUUGGGCACAGCCCAUUUUAAGAAAGACUGUCAAAGUGGACUUGACCAGCAUGUGGUUGACAUCACAACCAAGGCCAUCAAGGCCGGAUAUCUCUACGGAAAUGAGGAAGAGCUUGGAGAGGCCAUCAAGGCAGGCGGUGUUCCCCGAGAACAGCUUUAUGUUACCACAAAGAUCCCUGCCGAAAAGAAGGGUUCCGCCAUUGAUGCCUUUGACGUCUCCCUCAAGAAGCUUGGUCUCGAAUACGUGGACCUCUAUCUGAUCCACGGCCCCUGGUUUGCUGAGACCGAUGAGGACCUUCAGCAGCGAUGGUCUGAACUAGAGCAGAUCAAGGAGUCUGGACGGGCCAAGUCCAUCGGCGUGUCCAACUUCUUGCAGGUGCACCUCGAGCCCAUCCUGAAGACAGCCAAGGUCAAGCCUGUCAUUAACCAGAUCGAGUAUCACCCUUAUCUUCAGCAUGGCGAUCUCCUAGAUUUCCACAAGAAGCACAACAUUGCCGUGUCUGCUUACGGCCCCCUUACCCCUAUCGUCACAGCCAAGGGUGGACCUGUUGACCCUCUCUACACAAAGUUGGCCGAGAAGUACGGUGUGACAGAGUCCGAGAUCGGCCUGCGAUGGGUCAUUGACCAGGACAUCAUUGCUCUCACUACGAGCAAUAAGGUCGAGAGACUUGAUGGCUAUCUUGCCAAGCUUCCCAAGUUUAAGCUGACACGGGAUGAGAUUGCUGAGAUCUCCAAGCUCGGUGCGGAGAAACACUUCCGAGGAUUCUGGCGGAACAAGUUUGAUGAGAACGAUAGGUCGUAA